CGAGAAGUCGACAAAGACAGUGGUGGAAGACGGCCACCUUGGAAUGACAAGAAAGCUGUACCGGCGGGCAAACAUGCCAAGAUCUACAUAAUGCUAGUCGGCAAGAAAGGCUGCGGAGAAUAGGGGGCAAAUGCCGACUUUCCUAUCUACGAUGGUUUCGUUGUCGGCCGUCGUGGCGGAAUACACCGCCCGAUGGCAACAUAUUGCCACCAAAACCAACGUCCUCUUAGUGACCUCUGGAUCUGCUGUUUCCCAGGUACAUUGAGAUCCGACUGUCUUUAAAAUGGUGGCUACGAAGCCGUUGCAGAAAACAGAUGCUAUCAUCGUGGUAGGGGCUGGGAUUUUUGGCCUGAGCACGGCGCUACAUCUCGGCUUACGAGGCUACAAAAAUGUGACUGUAUUCGAUCGACAACCUUACGAUGACACAAAGUAUGAAUACACCGCGGGGGCCGAUUCGGCAUCAUCAGACAACUACAAAAUAAUUCGCUCUGGGUAUGGCUCGGAAAAGGUGUAUCAAGAUCUUUCCACCGAGGCUAUUCAACACUGGAAUGCCUGGAACGAAGAGAUCCUAAGCGGAGAAUGCGUUCCAGAUGGCAUGACACGGUCUGAUAAGGUCUUCAUUAACAACGGACAUCUAUCAUUGACUGACAAGGACGACCUACCUGAAUUCGAGAAAGCAACGAUCCAAAACAUGGAGGCUGCCGGACAGCCUAAUACGCAACUUGUCACAACUGAUCCUGGCCAAGUUGAUAUCGCGGAUCGCAAGGGAUUGGGAUUUGCUAUUGACCCGUUUCAGCGGAGAGCCAAAGGUAAAGGCUACCUCGGUGUGCUCGACACGACAGGAGGCGUCGCCGUGGCACAUAAGGCUUGUCGAUUUGCCCUUCAUAAAGCCAGAUUGCUUGGAGUGAAUUUUGUGCUCGACCCACACUCCGGCGCCGUGGAAUCAUUCUGCUACGAUGCUGGGGGCAAGGUAAACGGGGUGCAGAUGAAAGAUGGAAAAAAGCGUCACGCCUCGAAGGUCGUCGUAGCCUGUGGAGGCUGGACCCCGUCUAUUCUACCCGUACUAGACGGGAUCUGCGAAACCACCGCUGGAUCCGUGAUAUUGAUCAAGAUACCACCCGACAGCGCCCUCUAUGAGCGACUUGCUCCGGAAAGGUUCCCAUCAUGGGCGUGGAACAUGCGUGACGGCAAACUCGGUGGGCUCUACGGCUUUCCCCGCGACGAAAACGGAUAUUUGAAGAUUGGCUACCGGGGCACGAAGUACACCAACCCCAAGGUACAAGAGGAUGGGAAGGAACGCAGUGUGCCGGUGACGAGAUAUACUGCCGAGGAGACGAUCACGCAAGUCCCGCAACAAGCCAUGAAGGUGUUCAAGUCGUUCAUAUUGGAAUAUUUCCCCGAUUUGGCAGAGAACGGCAUCGACAUCGAGCUUACCAGACUGUGUUGGUACACUGAUUCCUUCGAUAACCAUUAUGUCGUCGACAAUAUACCUGGACAAGAUUCACUCAUGGUCGCUACUGGUGGAAGCGGACAUGCAUUCAAAUAUUUGCCCAACGUCGGCAAAUGGGUCGUAGAUAUCAUCGAAGGGGUCGGUCUUGAGCGUGACUUGGUGAAGCACUGGCGCUGGAGAACAUUGCAGUCUGGUGAGAAGCCCUUCAAUGUCCUUCAGGAGGGCAGCAGUGGUCCAAGAGCCUUGAGAAAUGUUGAGAUGUCGACGGAUAAGGACUUGAAAUUGUCUGCGCAGUCCCGUUUAUGAUGACACUCUUUUGCGACGCGCAGAGAUUCGCGUCAGACUUCCACGUAUGAACUUAUUCUAGGACUUUUGACAUGUUCUUCCUGU